AUGGUCGUCACUACCACGCCCGUCUUCCUCUGGUCCAUACUCAACCUGGGGCCUGUGACGGAGACCUUCACGGCGGCCCCAUCGUGCGCGACCAAGACGGAUGGGGUCAUGAUCGCUUCCAAGCUGGCGAGCAGCAAUGAGACCGUACUGGUUGCCAACUACCCGGGCACGUGCGGCAAGUUCAUCCAGGUGGGCGACUGCAUGCCCCUGGGCAGCAAGAGGGAUGAGCACUUCAAGAGCAAGGACCCCCUCCAGUACGACACGGAGAACUACUUGAGGCUGUGGGUCUACUCGCCGGGCUUGUUCUGCCCUUCCGGGUGGACCACCGCCGGCGCCGUCACGAGGCAAGCCGACGGCAGCAUCGCGUCCCCGACGGGCUUCUUCGCCCCGGAGCCCUCGGUCAAUUUGUCCGUGGCGCUGCUCACGAACGGCAUGAUCCCGCCCGCCACCGUCAUCGCGACAGCUCUCGAGCCGGGCGAGACCGCCGCGGCGUGCUGCCCGGAGUCGUGGCCCGUUCUCCGCAACGGCGAGUGCUACUCGCCCAUGCCCACCGACAAGUUCCCUGCCACGGCCGGCUGCGCCACCAGGCCGGUCGAGGCGUCGGGCUUCUACUCGACCAUCACCACGACGAUCGACGUCGGCAGCCUCACGUCGGCCUCGGCCGAGCUGAUCACUCCGACGUACACCGGCAAGGGGUCCCUCGUCACGACGACCUGGACAGGCACAGCCGCUAAGCACUCCGCCGUGACGGUCAUGCCGGCCGUGGUCCUGGUGCACAAGUCCGAGGACGCGGCCAAGACGACGGGUGGUGGCAGUAGCGGCGGAGCUGGCGGCGGCGGUACCGGAACCAAUGCCGCCGUCGCGAUGAGGCCUGGCGGGCCGGAUCCAAAGGCUCUCGGCGGCCUGGCGCUGGUUGUAAUGACGGCUGUGAUGGCCGGCGCGGCCGUCAUGAUGCCGUGGUAG